UGAGUGAGAAGGCUUCAUUCGAAACAUUUCAUGAGCGGGAACACAAAGCGACGCCAUCUUGUUUGCAUCGGGAAAAGACACAGUUUUGAUUGUUGUUAAAUUUCCAAGCUCCAGAUAUGGUUGCUUGAUGAAAUAACAUAACGAACUAGUAGAGGUGUUGAGGCAUCCGAGGGAACCUUUUUAGGGGUGCCGUAAAAACCAGCCAGCAUGUUUUACGCACACUUUGUAUUAAGUAAAAAGGGCCCGCUGGCCCGUAUCUGGCUGGCGGCCCAUUGGGAUAAGAAACUGACCAAGGCCCAUGUGUUUGAAACAAAUAUCAGUUCCAGUGUGGAGGCCAUAUUGGAACCAAAGGUAAAAAUGGCCCUAAGGACAUCUGGGCAUUUACUACUUGGAGUUGUCCGUAUCUACUCCCGGAAAGCAAAAUAUCUUCUUGCUGACUGUAACGAGGCCUUUGUAAAGAUUAAGAUGGCCUUUAGACCAGGAGUAGUAGAUCUCCCUGAGGAGAACCGAGAAGCAGCAGUGGCCGCCAUCACCUUACCAGAAACGUUCCAUGAUUUUGACACAACAAUGGCGGAUCUAAACGAUAUCGAUGUGAACGCCCAGUUCUCAGUGAACCAGAGCAGACCAGAGGAGAUCACGAUGAGAGAAGACUUCGGGAACAUCACCCUGGUUGGAGACGAUGGCUUUGAUGACUCUGAUGACGAUUUGGGAGGCUCAGUUGAUGAGGAGGUCGUUCACUGUCUCAUUUGUACUUUCUUUACGCGGGACAAGCGUAUAGACAUGAACUUGAUUUUAGAUACCAUAGACAGUCUUUUGGCUGAAGAAAAAUGCAAUAUCUUAGACAUUAAAACUAUUUUAGAAACAGACCAUUACUACACAAGUGCAAUUUUCUUUAAAAACCAUAGGACGUUUAAAACUAGUACACCAAACAAGAGGAAAAUGAAUAGUAGUAAGAAUGGUCAGGUUAAAAAUGCCUCUUCUCAGGAACUAUCACAAAAAGUAAAUGAUAGGAGUUCAGAAGGUACUUCUUUAGUGAAUAAAUCGCAAACACAAUCUUCACUCAAUGGCAGCAAAGACUUACCUAAAAAUGGCAGUGAAGCCUCGUUGCAAGUGUCAACGUGCAAUAGAAAUGACAGUUUUCAGUCACAAGACUCUGGGAUCGUCUGUGACUGCGAUGGAGACGUGUCUGACACCGACUCCGACUGGGCCUUCCAAAGCAACACAACGCGGGACGAGGCCACGCAAAAAGAGGGUGAUAUUGGAUUUGAUGAUAGGGAGAUGUUACGGGACGCUACCCUGGGGGUGGAGGAUUCCCUGUACAAGAACCCAGACUCCUCCAACAUUCUACUGGACAGCGUCCGAGACAAGAGCAAGGACGCGGAGACCUCGCUGCCCAAACCCAUGGACGUGGACCUCGAUGCUCCCAUUAAAGAUGAUGGUUUUGGUGGUGCUAUAGGUGGAGGCAUGCUAGCGCGGGCACCUGUCAGUGACGAUGAUGAUGACGAUGGCGGUCCAAUGGGUGGAGACGAUGACGACGACGAUGAUGAUAAUUUUGGUGGGGACGUUGACCAUGCUUUGUUUGGUGAAGGUUUCAUGGAGGGAGGACCUCUGUUUGAGGAUGCUCCAAUGGCUGAAGUCUCUAUGGUCUCUGAAGUUGCCCCCAUGGAUGCUCAUGCUAAACAAGUUGAGAAGAUCCAAGCUGUGGUCCAUGAUGAUGGUCCAGAGACCACAGGGGCUGGUGUGUCCACCAUGCCCAACCAGACCACACUAGUCCAGAAUGAGGAAGAGGCGUUUGCUCUGGAACCACUAGAUGUCACUAGUGUCCAUGGCACAGAGAAGAGGACAAAGAGGAAAAGAAAACUGAUCGUAGACGAACAGAAGUGUAUACAGAGUGAGACCAUGAAGUUACAGCUGUCAGACGCGUCCGACAUCCUGACCACCCUCGACCUUGCCCCGCCCACCAAGAAGCUGAUGCACUGGAAGGAGACGGGAGGGGUGGAGAAGUUGUUUGCCUUGCCAGGGAGAGCACUACCCAGUAGGGUGAUAUCUAAGCUGUUUAACAAGAACCUGGUCACACAGCCAGUCACAGAAGAAGACCAGGAGGCUGGGGAGAAGAUUGAGCUGUCUGAGGAGCCGGAGGUGGCCAGAGAGGAGGAACAGCCAACCAUGGCACUGGAGGAGAUUUUGCCUCCACCAGAACAGGAAAGCACAAUCGUACCACAAGAAAAAUCAACCACUGUGGAGCCAGAGAAGAAACGCUCUAGAAAAGAAAAAGCAGCUGACAAGGAAAAUCGCCUGGAGAAGUCGUCCAUAUUGGACCAUCCGCCUGUCACACCAGGACCGGAGGACAACGAUGUUGGGUUGAUAGAUUUUCAGGACAAUGUUGAACUUCCCGUUGAUUUAGAUGGGCAGCCAGUGGAGGAGACGGCAGAACAAGAAGAGAUUCGAUGGAACAAGCGGUCCCUUCAAAUGCUCCAUUCACUUCAGACCUUACUGAAACGUACGGACAGUAUCAAAUUCCAGGAUGUCACCAAUCGCAAUAAUCGCAAACAGGCUGCGUCGAAGUUUUAUGCCCUCUUGGUGCUAAAGAAGCAGAACGCUGUGCAAGUGGCCCAGUCUGAGCCUUACACGUCGAUUCACAUAAGCAAAGGACCUCAAUUCACUGCAGUUUUUUAAUGGGGAGGUCUGCCGUUAGAUUUUAUUCCAUGCUAUCAAUUCAGGAUGUGUAUGAAAGGAACUUGAUUGAUUUACAACUUGUGGGAAUACAGACCUUUAUUU